GAGGCAGACGCCUUCUCCCCCCUCAUCAGUCAUCUCCUUCCCCCUCCUCAUCUCCUCCCUCCCCCGCCUCCCCCAUCUCGCCAUACACUUCUCCACUCCUCCGAUCACCAGCUGCCUCCACCUCGUCUUCGAUCCCCUCCGAUCCAAUCCGGUUUUUUCCUUGAUUCGGUGCGCAGGAGCCUGGUCAGUCCAAUCCGUCCGCGGAGAAUUUUUCUUUAUUUUCGCUCGCAUCGUGUCGGUUUUCCAAAGGAUUUCCUGUUGGUUUGGUGAAAUAAAAGCAGCUUUCUUGAUGUCUACUAUCGCGACCCCGCCGCCCCCGUCGGCGGCGCAGGAGAAAGCCGCCAGCCGGAAUAAGCGCAAGUACCGUGCCGAGCCGCCAUCUUCCGAGUUGGGCCCAUUCGGGCUGGAGUACCCACUGACGGCGGACUGCGUAGGGUUCGAGUUUAUGUCGCCCGAGAAGGCUGCCAUGGCAGCGGCGGCGGACCUCGACCUCAUCCCAAGCACCUGCGAAACCUGUAAGGAUAUCCACCCUACUGCAGAGGAAAUAUUAGAGUGCCAGCGAUAUGUGAAUUGGAGUGACCCAAAUGAGAUGCAGCUGGAGGAGAUCCUUCUCAAGAGCCUGGACACUACCUUCGACAAUGCUGUCAGUCUGAUCACCACAAUGGGCUACUCUGAGGCGGCUGCACGCGCUGCUGUUGUGCGGGCAGCUGCUCAGUACAACUGGAGGGAGAGCCUUGCUGGGUUUGGAGAGUCUGCGGUUGAGGUUCUCAAGACUGAAGGAGACAUGUUGCCAAGGGAGGGUGCCUCCGUUGAAGACAUGAGGAAGAUUGAGCAGGCUGUGCUUGGUAGCAUGGUUGCUGUAGUAAAUGAGGCUCAGCCAUUCUACACCACAGGCGAUGUAAUGUUUUGCUUGCUUAUGUCGGACAUGAAUGUUGCAAAUGCCUGUGCCAUGGACUACAGUCCUGCUUCCCUACCAGCAGUGGGUUCUCAAGUUAUUGCCCAACCAGUUAUGGGAAACUAUGAACCUGGCUCAGGUUCUGAUCUAUCAGUUUCUAUUACCAACCCGCAGACUGGUGUUACUUUCCGCGGAAAGCUUACCCCGGUACCACCCAGCUCUUAUGGUGCUGUAAAAGCUGAUUCAUCGACGACACCAGCAAGUCUGAAUUUAUCGAGUAGCAAACCCUCUGUUCCAGGCAAGACGCCGUGUGUGAUCCCAAAUAUUGAGCCAAAAGAAUACCCUCUUCCUACCCGUGAUCAUUCAGAGGACCAACCAUUUGUUGCUGCUGCGACACAAUCUAUGAAAAAUGACAAGCCAUCUCCUAGCAAGAGGGGGAGCUCUAAGAGGGACUCCUUGCAUCGCCAGAAGUUGACAAGCUUUGAUAAGAGCUCCCGAGCAUUGGGUUCUAAAGGAUCUCUUAGAUCUGGCAAGUAUAGCUCUUCGGGCAGUGUGGUAUUGGACAGGAAAUGCAGGUCAUUUUCAGACUCUACCACUAGCAACUUGAAGGGCUCAUCAAAAGUUGGCAAAGGGUUUGCUGCAAGCAUAACGGCGCCAGAAGUAUCAGUCGACCUUUCCUUUACUGGUACCCUUUCCUCUACUCCAUUCGAUGCCAAGGUGGUUAGUAACUCAAACCCAGCACCUGCUGCUAGCACAGAUCUUUCAUUGUCAUUGCCCUCCUCAAGUGAUGGUUUUGCUCCAUCUUUGAAUCAUGAUUCCAAUGCUGAGGGUAUGGACUCUAGUAGCAAAAUUAAUUUUUCUUAUGAUGAGGAACAAAAGGUCUGGAUCCCACAAGAUAAAAAGGAUGAAAUUGUCUUGAUUCUUGUCCAGAGGCAGAAAGAAUUGCAAGCACAUAUGCGGGACUGGACAGACUGGGCUCAGCAGAAAGUGAUGCAAGUUGCUCACCGACUUGCAAAGGAGAAGGAAGAACUUCAGUCGCUUAGGAAAGAGAAGGAAGAGGCGGACCGCCUACAAGAAGAGAGGCACCAUUCGGAAGAGAGUACUCGGAAAAAGCUUUUAGAGAUGGAGUCUGCAAUUUCUAGGGCAAAUGCUCAGCUAGAGAAGGCAGAUGCUUCUGCUCGUAGACGUGAGGCUGAAAAUGCACAACUCAUGUUACAGAUGGAAGCGGCAAAGCGGCAUGCAGCAGAGUCCGCAACAAAUAUUUCGGAGCUUUUAAAGAAGGAUGAGAAUAGUCGCAAAAGGUCUCAGCGUUGGGAAUCUGAGAGAGCCCUGUUGCAAGAGGAUCUUGCAGCACAAAAGAGCAGGCUAUCUCGGGUUCAAGAACAACUUCAGCAUGCUAAAGAGCAAAAGGAUCAAGUGCAGACAAGGUGGAAACAAGAAGAGGCUGCAAAGGUUGAGGCAAUUGCCCUUGUUACCUCAGAAAGGAAAGAGAGGGAUCAAAUCGAGACAUCAGUGAGGUCAGAAGAGAAUUUGCUGCAUCUUAAAGCAGCGAAUGAUACACAAAGAUACAAGAGUCAGAUCCGUGCUCUUGAGCAGCAGAUCAUGCAGCUGAAGGUCUCUAUGGACUCUUCAAAGGUUGCUGCCCCCAAGUGGGGAGCCGACAAUAAAACCUACGCGUUGCAUCUUUCUGAAGGGAGAAAGAACAGCAAUGCCCAAAUUUUGUCCAAUAUAGCAGUACCCCAAGAUCUCGAUUUUGAUGAUAUACAGCGUGACCGGGAGUGCGUCAUGUGCUUGAGUGAGGAGAUGUCCGUGGUGUUUCUCCCUUGUGCCCACCAGGUGGUCUGCGCUAAAUGCAGCGACCUCCAUGAGAAGCAAGGGAUGAAGGAGUGCCCUUCUUGCCGGACCCCCAUCCAGCGUAGGGUGUGCGCCCGCUCCGCCGGUUGCUAGAUUUCACAUAUACAAUUUUGAGUUUACGUUUUUUUUUUCCACCUUGAUUGCUCAACUUGAGUUGAUGGAAGAUUGGAGAGAAUAAUGAGGGGUGAGAGUGGUGAAACAGCGACAAUAAUACAUCGUCAAACAUCAAUCAAGCCCCGUGGACAAUGGGUAAUAGUUGGGUUUGUUAUAUGGAUAUACCGGCUGCUUCUGAAUGUUUUGGUUUUGCUGCA